AUGGGAUUUUUACCAUUCGGCAAAGGGAAUACCCAAGCGAUCGGUGAUGAUUCUUCUUCUUUAACUUCUUUAUCGACGGCGGAUGCUGACUCAUCGAUUCCGAGAACAACGAUCGAGGCAGACGGUGUCAAGGAAAAGAAAGUCGCGGAAGCUUCUGGUGUAAAUGGUGGUGGUCUCGAAGGAAAAGACGUCAUCGACGAUUCCAUCUCGAAAGGGCGAGUGAUGUUGGAGCAACUCAAGGCAAAAUAUAACAACGCGUCGUCCGCGGCGCCGUCGUCGUUGAAAAGUUUAAACGUCCCGUCGAUGAAAUCCAGAGAAGCGGACGUGUUAAUCCUGGAAGAGAAAGUCUCGCGAAUGACGAACGAGCUAAACGUGGCGAUUCGCGAGAAAGGCGUGGCGAAAAUGCAACUGGAAGAGAUCACCGCGGAGUCGCUUUUGUUGAAGAUUAAUCUGAAGGAAAGCGAGGCGAAGAAAGAGGAGAUGACGUUGAGACACGAGCGAGCGGCGAAAGCGAUUUUAACGUUGCAAAAGCGCGAGGAAGAAGCAGAGGAGAGAGUUGCGGAGAUGAAGAAACGAGAGGAGAGGUUUAAGGAGGAUAUCGUGGAGAUGGCGAAGAACGUGGACGCGUUGAUUUCGGACAACGAAGCCAAGGACGAGUUGUUGAAAGAGUACGACCGGACGAAAGUUUUGUGUCACGAACGCACAGCGCAGGCGGAGCUUGCGGACGAGAGGGCGAAAAAAGCAGAAGAUCUGUUGGAGGAGAAAACGAUUGAGUUUGAGAAAACGGUGGAAGAACAGGCGUUGGAAUUCGAACGCAAGUUGGAGAAAAUGGCGGACGAAAAGACAGAAGAAAGAACGAAAGAACUUUCCGAAGAGCUGUACGACGUGAAGAAGACGUGCGAGGAAAAGGAGAAAAAGUGCGACAAGUUGACGAAAGAGUGCGAGGAGAAGUUGACGAUUGUGAACGAACAAAUGGAAGAGACGGCGUUUUUGAGAGAAGAGAAGAAGAAAUACGACGAUUUGUUGAUUGAAAAAGCAAAGAUGGAAGCGAAUCACUCGGAGUUUCUCGAUAAAUUGGCCAAGGAGCACGCGGCUGCGAUCGUGGCCAGAGACGUCAAGCUCGAAGAGUUUGAAGUCUUGUGCAACGAUUUGACGGAAUCGAACAAAGAGCUCACCACGCGAUGCGGCGCGGCGAGCGGGAAGUACAAAGCGUUGCAAGACAAACUUACCGCCGUUCGCCGAGGCGCCGUAGACGCGUUCGUCGGUCUCGACCAAAACGUCAUGUAUUUAUCGGACGAAGACGUGCGUUUAAAAUACAACUUAGCGUUGGAGGAGGCGAGAACGGCGGAAGAGUAUGCGAAAUUGUGUGAUCGCCGAUCGAGAGAUUUCGAGGACUCGCUUCUCGCGUUGAAUCAUACCCACCGAGAAUUGUUAGAAGAAACUCGAGCGCUUCGCUCGGGAGAGAAACAAGCCUCGUUUGGCGGUUACGGAUACACCGGUCCGGAAGAAGUGCUCGUGAAGAUAGACGAGGUAAAUGUCGAAUUGGGCGAUGCCAAGACGGCUUUGGAAAACGCCGUGAACGAUUUGAAAGAGUUGCAACGCGUCAACGAUUUGCUCGAAGAACGUUUGCAUACGCGCGAUGAGAUGGACAAGAAACGCGAGUAUACGCUCGUCGAGAGUGCAAAAGAAGUCGAACGCCAACAAAAAGAAAUUCGACAGCGCGAAAUUGAACUUGAAUUGAAAUCGCAACGCCAACGAGAGUUCAUUAAAGACAUCAUGGAUAGGCAAAAGAACGGUUUAUUAUCGAUUGGCUCCAAGUUUGGCGUAGACGUGGACGUGGACGAAGAGAAGGACGAUGUCUCUUCCGACGAGGAAGAGGAAGACGAAGAAGAAUACACAGAAAACAACAAAAACAAGAAGAAUACCAACGUCGAUUCUUCCUUCUCGAUAUCUGACGUACAACGCCGAGGCCGCUCGCGAGACCCGGUUGAAGUCCCGAACGAUUCCGCGGAAAAGCUCACGCCAAAUUCGAACAAAUCUCCGUUAAAAGGAGGCCCAGUCGGAGCUUUUUCGUUCAAAGAGUCCCCGCUGAUGCCGCAAGGCAUCGACGAGCUCCAGCAAUACAUCUCCAGCGACGACCGAAAGAAUCUCUUCAUGUCGUUCGGCGAAGACCAACCGCAACUUCAACAGAAGAAGUAA